GCCACGCUGGAGCCCACGUCGGCUCAUUGGUAAACACUAGGCAGUUUGGCCCCAGCAUUGCCCCAGGGUCCCAGCCGGGCAGCUGCUGCCAACUCCCAUAUUCGGGCGCCCGGCCAGGGAAUGCGCCUGCAGAUCAUUAAUGAGAAGCAGCUUCUGUACAAGCCCAGAACUUUGCCUUUGGGGGAGUCACUUUCCAAAAAAGUUGCAGCUUCACAGACGACCCAGUGCUACAAGGGGCCAUGAGGUACCUCGGCAGGGCCGUACGGGGGGCUACCAGGCUCAGGGCAGCGGUGGCCAAAGCCAGCAGUUUCGGCAGCGUCGCCGGACACACCUCGGAGAAGAGUGUCCCCUAUGCUAGCACUCUAAAGGAGGAGCGUUCUGCUGGCACAGGGCCCACCAAGCCCCUCCCUCGGUCGGCGGAUGUGGUGGUCAUUGGCGGGGGCAGUUUGGGGUGCCAGACUACGUAUCACUUAGCCAAGAUGGGGGUGACCAACGUCGUACUGCUGGAAAGGGAUCGACUUACUUCUGGGACCACGUGGCACACAGCAGGUCUCCUUUGGCAGCUGCGCCCCAGUGACGUGGAGGUGGAGCUGUUGGCGCACACUCGGGAUGUGGUUAGCCGCGAGCUGGAGCAGGAGACCGGCCUCCAUACGGGGUGGAUAGAGAACGGGGGGCUCUUCAUCGCCUCCAACAAGCAGCGUCUGGAUGAGUACAAGAGGCUGAUGUCUCUGGGGAAGGUUUAUGGCGUGGAAUCGUACGUCCUGUCUCCGGCACAAACCAAGGACCUGUACCCCCUAAUGAACGUGGAUGAUCUCUACGGCACGUUGUACGUCCCCAAAGAUGGCACCAUGGACCCUGCUGGGACCUGCACCACCCUGGCACGGGCUUCUUCUGCCCGCGGGGCACAGGUUAUUGAGAACUGCCCAGUGACUGGCAUUCGAGUCAAAACAGACGACCUGGGGGUCCGGCGGGUGGUGGCAGUCGAGACCCUACAUGGCACCGUGGAGACCCCCUGUGUCGUCAACUGUGCGGGUGCCUGGGCUCCCAAACUUGGUCAAAUGGCCGGCGUCAACGUCCCCCUGGUAGCCAUGCACCACGCCUACGUGGUCACCGAGAGGAUCGAGGGCAUUCAGAACAUGCCAAAUGUUCGGGACCACGAUGCCUCGGUGUAUCUGCGUCUCCAAGGCGACGCGCUGUCAGUGGGAGGAUAUGAGUCAAACCCCAUAUUCUGGGAGAAGGUCUCGGAUAAGUUUGCGUUCGGGCUCUUCGAUCUGGAUUGGGACGUAUUCAUUCAGCACAUCCAGGGGGCCAUCAACAGGGUUCCGGCUCUGGAACAGACUGGCAUCAAGUCCACUGUGUGCGGCCCAGAAUCUUUUACCGCUGACCACAAGCCCCUGCUGGGGGAGUCUCCUGAAGUGCGGGGGUUCUUCCUGGGCUGUGGCUUUAAUAGCGCGGGUAUGAUGCUGGGAGGCGGAUGCGGAAAGGAACUGGCUCACUGGAUUAUACACGGGCGCCCCGAGAAGGACAUGUACGGCUAUGACAUCAGGAGAUUCCACCGAUCGCUAACCAACCAUAAUCGCUGGAUCCGAGAAAGAAGCCACGAAUCCUAUGCCAAGAACUACUCGGUCGUUUUUGCCUACGACGAACCUCUGGCGGGAAGGAACAUGAGAAAGGACCCAUUGCACGAGGAGCUGCUGGGCCAGGGCUGUGUAUUUCAGGAGAGACACGGCUGGGAGAGGCCGGGGUGGUUUAACCCCGAAGGGCCUGCUCCGGUUUUGGAUUAUGACUAUUAUGGAGCCUAUGGGCUGGAGCCCCACCAGGAGUACCAGUACAGCCGGCUGCUGGGGAAGGAAUACACCUUCAACUUCCCUCCUCAUCACGACGUGAUCCGGAGAGAAUGUCUCAUGUGCAGGAACCAGGCGGCUGUUUUCAACAUGUCCUACUUCGGCAAGUUCUACCUGCUCGGGCCGGACGCCAAGAAGGCGGCUAAUUGGCUGUUUACGGCGGAUAUCAACAAGCCCCCUGGUACGACCGUAUACACCUGUAUGCUGAACAAGCAGGGCGGCGCCGAGAGCGACCUCACGGUGAGCUGCCUGGAACCCGGAACCGGUGGCUCUGACCUAGCACCGCAGUUUGAAGGGGAAGGGUAUUACCUGGCCAUCGGUGGCGCUGUGGCCCAACACAACUGGAGUCACAUCUCUACUGUCCUUCAAGAUGAGAAAUUUGAUUGCAAGCUCGUAGACUCUUCCGAAGACCAAGGCAUGAUCAGCAUUCAAGGCCCUGCAAGCCGCACCAUAUUGCAAGAGGUUUUGGACGAGGACCUUAGCAACGAGGCUUUCCCCUUCUCCACGCACAAGCUGGUCACAGCGGCUGGGUUCACGGUACGUGCCAUCCGCCUGUCGUUUGUCGGGGAGAUGGGGUGGGAGCUGCAUAUGCCCAGGGAGGCCUGUGUGCCCGUGUACAAGGCCGUCAUGGCGGCCGGUGCCAAGCAUGGUAUGGGGAAUGCCGGAUACAGGGCCAUCGACUCGCUCAGCAUUGAGAAAGGGUACCGACACUGGCACGCAGACCUGCGCCCCGACGACUCCCCGCUGGAAGCUGGCCUGGCCUUCACCUGUAAACUCAAAUCCGCCAUCCCCUUCCUGGGCCGGGGGGCGCUAGAGAGGCAAAAAGCCCUGGGCCUGAAGAAGCGCCUUGUGUGCUUUACCCUUAGCGAGAAAGUCCCUUUAUUCGGGCUGGAAGCCAUAUGGAGGAACGGAAUAGCCGUAGGCCACGUCCGCAGGGCCGACUAUGGAUUCACAAUCAACAAAACCAUCGCUUACGGUUACAUUCGAAACCCUGAAGGAGGAGCAGUCUCACCGGAUUUUGUCCGAAGCGGAGAGUACAAGCUGGAGAGGAUGGGCAUCGCGUAUCCAGCAGAAGCCCACUUGAAGUCACCAUUUGACCCAAACAAUAUGAGAGUAAAAGGAUUUUAUUGAUAUGUGAAAAAAAUGAUCAUUAGACAAAGAGUAGAGGAUCUUUAUAGACUCCUCCCCCCCAUUGUGGGUAUGGGCCAAACCACUAUAUGGGCCAAACCACUAUAUGAUAACAAUUGGGGAGAAUUGCUCCUGUGCAAAGAGAAUGAUCAAGAGAGGGGAGAUCUUACCCAUCACUCUGUGAAGAGCCUUUUCUUUACCUCCUCAAAUACAAACCCUCCUGUGAGGAAGAGUCAUCUGUAAAUAUUGUUUUGGAGACGAAAUAAACAUUCUAAUGUAAAUCUGAA